UAAAAUCAUGAGUCUUGUUCGCUUCCGUGGUGGUUGACUUGGAUGUGGUCUUGUAGCUACGCAUAUUUUUGGAUCACGGGAACUGCGUACUUGUUGUCUCUGUUUUUCUUUCUACUUCAUAUUACUGGGAAAUAGCGUAUGGACAUUGCUGAAUGCAAUUCGGAGCCAUAUAACGAAUAACGAAUAACGAAAAUAACGAAUGCUACAAUCAAAGUCGUAAUACAACACAAUAACUAUUUAGACGAGUUUGAUCUCCUAGUAGUACAACUCAACGGCAAAGCAGAGCAAUUUUUUAUUUGACGAUCAGCUGUGCGAUUGUGUAGGACGAAUGAGGGACAAGAAAGUAUUUUUCUUGUCUUUUACUUAAACUGACUGAUAACGUGGUUAAACUGUAAAAUUACGGAAUAAGGAAAUAAAUUUCAGAAGUAUAGUUAUCACUGUCUUUGCUUAGUGAAGUAAAUGAAAAGAUGAACAAGUACGUAAAUUUAGCGAAAGUGAACUCGAAUUACGCAAUGCGUAUGAACCGACUGAGUAAUCGAAUCUUUGGUGAAGUAGUCAGGCCUACUAAUCAGAAAUCAAUGAAGGUGGUGAAGCUCUUUGCAGAAAAACCAGUGAAUAAGCGAUCGGAGGUUGUGAAUUAUUAUCCAAGAACCAAAGAGACAGAGACAAUGAUGGACCAUCUGCGUAAUUAUGGUCUUUAUAGGAAUGAACAUAAGGACUUCAAUGAAGAAUAUAAUCGCUUAAGACUUCUUCGUGGGAAAUCGAAAUGGAUACCACCUCCUUUCAGAAACAAACAAGAAACGAAAACAUAAAUUUCUUAGAUUCAUGUGUCAAUUCUGUUUCAUGUAUUUCAUAUGCAAACAAUAAAUCAGAAUUAAGUAUAA